ACCCCAGAUGACACCCAGGGGCUCCCAGAAUCUGUAGGUGACAAGGCAAGGGCCGAGGACAAGUCAGGUUGUACAGAAAAGGGAUGGAUUAUCUUUCUGAGGUGGCAUCAGUGAUAUCAUCUAGAAGCGCUUCUGUUUCGUAUCUUCUCAAUUCCAAGUUUUCUCUCAUCUGUUUUUCAUUUCUUCGCUUUGAUUUUAUUUUUUUUCUUUUUCUCUCAUCUAAAUGCCCUUCUGAAAGCGGAGCCUCCAUUCCUCACUGGAGCAUUAUGUCAUUUCUCACUCAAAAUCGUGACCAGCAGCAGGAGGCUGUGCCAGUACCGGGGGAUUACGGCUCCGCGUGGGAACAAGCUGCAGCACAACUCAACCGAGGACAAUUGACCGAAACCAACACAAUUUCUUGCUGCAGCGCAAAGACUUAAAAAGCAAUAGCAAUUUCCGAUCCCUUCUCUUUCUCUCAGCUGCCUGCAUUUAAUGCCUGUGGUGGGAAUUCGAGCCCUGCAUGAGCCCUAAUUCUUCUUUUGGAGGUGGGAAAUGGCCCCUUCUCCCUCUCCCGAGGAUGAUGAAGCUUUGUCUCCAGGACUUCAUGGAGGCAACUAGAGGAAUCAUAGACUCAUUAAGGUUGGAAAAGACUACUGAGAUCAUCUAGUCCAACCACCAACAAAUCACCACCCAUGCCCACUAAACCACGUCACUCAGUGCCACAAAGGAAGGCGAUGUCCUGAUGUCACACCCAGAGUGGGGACCAGUAGGAGCAAGCCAAAAGGCCCCAGCUCUGCAUAGGCAGGGUGCUAUGGGGUUACCCAGCAUCUUUACGUUUAUUAAGGCAUCCCAGGAGGAAGUUCAUCUGCUUUGGUUGCAGGGUUGGGCUGCCUUCCCCACCCAAUGCGUGGCCACCUGGGGGGGCUGGGGAGGGACGGAGCCCCAUGUGACCCUGGGGAACCUCGGAAGGGAUGCUUGGGUAGGAAUAAUGCUAGCAGAGGGUAGUUCUGUAGGCGACUUGUUAACCCUAUUUAUUUCCCUGCUUCCAGCCUUCAGGACACAGCUGGUACGGUCUGCAACAAACCAGCCAGCCACUCGAGCAGGCGCUCAGGUUUUCUUUAGGGGUGAACUUACUCCAAGAGCAGGCGAGCUGCCAGCAGCCGGGCUCUGCCCGAGCUCGCAGCAUCUCCUGCCUGUGCGGCUGAGCGGCGCUGCGAGAUGCAGACCUGCAAGCGGAGAGUGCCGCUCAGCGCUGUGGGGCUGCAGCACAGGGCAGCAGGAGCUCCCUCAGCACGGAGCAGCCCCCUCCUGCAUCCCCCACCCCCAGCCUGAGCGAAGAGGAGCUGAGCCUCCUCCUGUCUUGAGGCGAUUUAGAUUCCACAGGUGCUCUGUUGCCUUUCCUACUGAUGUAACGUUCAUAGCAGUCGCGUUGUACCCAGCGAGGCGAUUUGUGCCUGGGGUGUACAGCGUGUGUCGCUUGGUGAGGUUUUCCCACCCAGGAGCCUGGGGCCAGUGGGUGGCAACCGUGCUGAAGCGGUGGGUGCCUGUGCCACCCCUCUGUCCUCAGCUCUUCCCGGGCUGCCCCAGGGGUCCUGCAACACCUCUGCACCCCACCUGCUGCUGGCACACCCGCUCCUGCCCUGGGAAGGUGGAUCAGGAUUGCAGCCCCCAGCUUUCCUUCCCAAAUCAGCCACUAGUCUCACUCCCCAGCCGCCACCUGCCAGAUCUAUCCCCUCCCCUGCAAAUUCCUCGAGUCGUGCGAUGCCUCCUGGGAGCCAGCAGCACCUUCCAGGUAGAGCUGAUUGCUUCCCCAGAUGCCUCCCAUUUUCUCCUCAUGUGACUGGGGCUUGCUUAGCAAACAGCUCCCCUCCACACACAAUGCCAACCACACACAGUCAGUUCUGAUUUGGACCAACUCUUGAGUUUUCUGAUAAAGAAGGGGGCAUAGGCACAAGAUGCAGCUAAGAAGAAAUAGAUUUGAGCCACGAAACUUGGCUCUUGAACCUUGUGGGCAAUAAGUCAUCAGGUUUAAGAUUGGAAAAAGAAGGUGAUGCAAAUGAUCUUGUAUUACAAAUCUCUGUCAGUUUUCUAAAAGGAAAGGAAGAAAGGAAGAAAGGAAGAAAGGAAGAAAGGAAGAAAGGAAGAAAGGAAGAAAGGAAGAAAGAAACGGCCUUCGUGCUGCACUGAAGGCUUCUGAUUUUGGUGUCAGGGCACUGAUGGGCCUGAAUUGCCCCAAGUGGCCUCACCUGGGGCCCCUACCUGCUUCUCCAGGAGCCCAUUAUGCUGCUGAAGGAAGGCUCUGCUUCUACAAUUGUCUCUUGGAUGGUGCUCGAGCUUGUGUUGCUGCUCUAUUUUGUGGAUGGACAUCAGACCCAUGCUCCAGGUGGACCCCUAUCUGCAGUGAUUGCUGGUGUCCUUGUGACUUACAAAACACCUCAGCUGUUGCCAGUGGAUGAUGUUGUCUCUUACAGUAGGGAAAGCACAAUACGUGUAGCAAUGACAUGGGACAAAUAGCACAAGGUUUCUGCAGUGAAGGAAGGACCAGUCU